CAUCGCAUCGGUCGCAUCAGGUCGCAUCGGCAGAUGGUAAUUUUUCUAAUUUUGUGUUCAAAGUUUUGUGUAUACCUAAUUCAGUCAUUCUCAUCUCAGAUCAUCUCUAUCGCGAGCGUUAUCAUGGCGGAUAACGAAACAUCAAAUUUCCUCCGGCAGCAUGGACUGGAGCGGCUGAUUGAGAUUUUUGUAAGUGAAGAAAUAAGGCUUGCUGAUUUCUCGUUUUUCAGAAAUCAUCCUGAAGAUCUUCAGCUCUUGCUUCCACGGUUGCGAGACAGGAUCGAUUUCAUAAAAGCCAUUUCUACAAAUACGACAAAAUCUACUCAGGUGGAGUUGGAACCGCCAAUCAUCUGCAGAGAGACGCUAACUGAAAUAUGCUCAAGGAGUGAUUAUGGACGGUCGUUCAUCGAGUCCUACAAAAUCCAGAACGGUGUGAAGGUUUACUCACCGGACGCCAGGAAGCUGGUGAAGAUGGCGAUGGUGGAGUAUUUUUGCAAACUCACGAAGGGUCAUAUCACGCACAACCAUUUCAUGGAAAUGACGCAGACAAUUAUCAAUGAACUACCCGAUGAAGACCCGCGAACGUGGUAUACCCCGGCCGUGCAGAAUAAGACUGCUGGUGGUAUGUUGUACAACCGAUACAUAAAGCAGCACGACCAUCGAUACAAGCAGCAGAAGCCGGCAGUUGAACCUGUGCCAGAGACUUCCCAGAAGAUCCCGCAAACAGCGUGGGACAAAAUGAGUUUUGAAGAACGAUCACUUUGCGAAGCGGCGAAAACUAAACUAUUGGUCACCGGGUAUUCCGAAAGCGAUAUCAUCACAAAAUGCUGGAGAGAAAGUUUUCCUCUAAGACGCAAGGAGGCAUUAAGUGGCAAAAUCAUUUUCAAGGAUUGGGAGGUGCUUGCCCAUUACGCCAACAUCCACGAUUUGAUAAAUUUUGAUUUCCGCGAGGUACAUGGUUCCUCUAAGGAUACGUUAACCACCCAGGCAGCAAAAUUUAUUCAAGUAUUCAGCAGAGUACAUAUUGGGUAUCGCGAGCUCAUCAAGGAGGAUCAAACGCUAGCCGAUACAAUCGCUACCAGUUUUGCUGCCAAUGUUUCCAUUAACGAUCAUACAGUGUUUCUCGUUUUCUAUUCGCUGCCAUUAAUUCUCCGCCAGCAAUUCGUAACGAAACAAAAAAAACGAACAAAAAUAUCAAUCCUUGUAUGUCGCAGCUCGUACAUUAAGCUUCUAGAGACAGAAGCGAAAGUUAUGGAGUGUGUAUCGAAAAGGCGACAGGAAGCGUUGGCCGCGAAAACAACUGUACAGCCAUAUGUAAUUGUUGUUGGUACUGUCGAGGAGGUCCGCAGUUUUUUCGUUGUUCUCGAUGAACUUUUGUUCAAAUGUAAUUCGAUGGUGGCAGCAAUUGAUCUGCAGUUCAAGCUGCACACCGCAUUUCAUUUGAACUACGCGAUGGAGUGCGAAUCUGUAAUGCAGUUUUUGCAAUUGUUCUUUUACGAUAUUGCAUAUCCUGGCGAUCGAUUCGAUGCGAAUGUCACAGCCCUAGCGACGGAUUGUAAGCGGCUGUAAAGUUCUAUUUUGUUUUUAGUUUGAUAUGUUUACUGGUUUUUUAUUGUUAAGUUAUGCUUUAAUAAUCCUUGAGCAUUAUUGUCGUAAUAUUUUACUGUUUGAACAAGUUUCAAAAAUUCUGACUAAACUUCAUAAAUUGUUGAACUCAAUUUGGUAUAAGUUAGGUUUUACCUAUCAUUUUAUUAUAACAUGUUGUAAAACAAAAAUCAAAUGUACUGUAUUACCGAUUAUCCUUAGCAUCCUCAGCUAAGAAAUAAGUUGAAAUAAAACUAAUAAAAAUUUACCAAU